CACCGUUGACAGUUAGGAACGUUUUUGAAUAUUUUUGUUAGGGCGCAAUAUAAAUUUGAAAUUGGACUGUAAAUUAUUUGUAAGUUUUAAUUUAUUUUUCACUCGGGUAAGCGAAAUGGAGAGUCGCAACCGAAAUGAUUAUCUUAGUCAAAAAAUGCUGAAACCGCUCAUGCCAGAGAACAUGAGAAGCGAGUUGAUUGCUGCUCUAAAAACUCAAAACAUCCAGCACACAAGAUCAAAGUCGGUUAGAAACAUCAGCAAAAUAGCGUUCCCAUCGCCUCAGCCAAACUCACCAGGUUUGGGCGGCACAAACGAAGAAGAUAAACGAGUUCAACUUCGCUUGCAAGCCAUACGAGAAAUUAAGACUUCGGAACUUUCCUACCUAAGACAGCUAGAUUUACUGAUAAAUUAUUUUGUCACCCCCCUUAGAACUAACGGCCUUAUGCAAGAACGUGAACACAAUCAAAUAUUUGGUCAAUUAGAAACCAUUUACAACCUGAGUCAGGAAUUAUUGAAAAAACUGGACGAUGACUUAGACACAGUCGUAAAAGCGUUCAUGAAUUUAGGGCCGUUCUUCAAACUGUACUCAGUGUAUGCAUUUGACUAUCGAAAUUCACUGUGUACUUUGCAAACGUUAAUGCAGAAAAACCCACUGAUGAAGAAGUUUAUAGCCAACACAGAAUCGCGACCAGAAGUUCAGACAAAGCUUAUAUCUUUGCUGAUAAUUCCCAUCCAAAGAAUCCCUCGCUAUAAAUUGUUACUACAGCAAGUUCAGCUCUACACUAGUCCAUCCGACUCAGCUCACAAGCAGCUACAAGAGUCUAUUCGUCUGGUGGAGCAAUCAGUGACGCAUAUAAAUUCGGUUGUAGAAGAUUUCGAAAACACCCAAAGACUGAUCACCAUUCAAAGCGCGUUGGUUAACAAGUCGCUGAAAAUAGUCAAACCGGGGCGUAAAAUUUUGAAGGAAGGUAUUUUACAGAAACUCAAGACUGACGGAUCAACCUCACGCAAGUACUGCAUUUUGAUGUCCGACCAAUUUAUCUACUGCCGGAUGUUAAAAGACUUGGAUCACCUUUUCACAGACAACGGACUCGAAUGUUGCUGCAUUUUCCCUUUGAAGAAGUGUAAGGUAGUGGAAAUGUUCAGGGGUAGCUUCAAGAUAAGCUGCAGCGGGGACGGAACUAUUUUUACCGCAGAAAAUCCGAACGAGAGCCACAGCUGGUUUCAGGCCAUACAGGAUGCCGUAGAAUUGCACGUUCAGUGUCGGAAAACGUUGCGAAAGCUUUCGAGCAAUAGGAAACCCAUGCGUAAGAAACACAUUCAACGUUUGGAACCAGAGGAUGACUAUCUGUGGCUACUACGGCGCAAAACUGCCAGCCCGCAGAAGUCACCGAAAUCGCACAGCAGGUGGUCGUUUCGUGGUAUGGAUUGCUUGAAAAGUAACCGGUCCUUUCAAGAAGACCCAGUUGUCCCAGUACAAGAGUCCCCCGCUGAUACUUUUCUAAACCGAAGAGCUAUUCAAUCGUCGAAUGAUGAAAAUAGCGCAAUUGUCGUAACACCAAUGACUGGCGAACCCCAGCAGGGCAUUUCAGGGGUUGGUUCCGGAAGAAAGCAUGUGCAUUUUCAGUUGCCCGCGUCAUAUUACAAGCGUUGACUGGUAAGUUGUAUUAUUUUUGAUAUUCUAUGAAGUAUUUUUUUAUGAAUCUCUUAUAUUAUAUGGACGUACUGUUUUUUUUAUUGUAUUUAAAAUAAUACAUGUAACACGA